AUGUCCACUAAUUCAGAAUCGAUAGAAUGGAUAGAACAAAGUAUAAAUAAAGAAGAUAUUAAUUAUUUUAAAUAUAUUGGAUUUAAUAAUAUAAUAGAGAUAGGUAGCGGAGGAUUCAGUAAGGUUUAUAGAGCGAAGUGGGAAAAUGAUACAUACGUUGCAUUAAAAUCAUUUCAUUUAGAUACUGUUAAAGAGAUUGUUAGAGAGUUUAAAUUGCAUCGAAGAGUAGAUUUUCAUGAAAAUAUAAUACGGCUUUUAGGGAUCACUAAAGAUUCAG